AUGAUGAAUGCUUCGGCAUCGAAAAUGGAUACCAAUUUUACUAGUAUGUGGGUGAGUUUCUUCACUGCUGCUGGUAUACCUUCGGAUGUGUCAGCGACAUAUGCACUUACAUUUACUGAAAAUAGAAUCCAGAAUGACAUGUUAUUGGACCUUAACAAGGAGUAUUUACGGGACAUGGGUAUCACCAGAAUGGGAGACGUGAUUGCCAUAUUAAGGCACGCGAAAAAAGUGCACGAGAGCACGGCGCGUGACCGUGUGCUGAGCACGACAAGCACCGCGACUGCUAAAGUGCCGGUUGCGGCUAUCACUGGACGUGCAACGAUCGCACAACCCUCAUCACCAGCCAGUCGCAUACUAGAACAUUACACGCGCAAUCCUCAGGUGCCAGAGGUGCCAAAGACAAACACAUCGUCACAACUGAAGAGGAAAUCUAUAGAGUCGACACCCGAAGCCGAUGCGAGUCUAAAAAAGGCGCGAAUGAUACGUUUUGCCGGAGCACCGCCGCCGUCCGUUAAGGAAGGUACGUCAAAAACAGUAUUCGCACGACUUGGCAACUCUGAACCAGCGAAAGUAUCCACCAAAGCCGCUGUCACAACUGGGUGUAAACCAAUAUACGCACGUCUCGGCUCUAAACAGCCACAAGACCAACCAGACCAAAUAAUGCCAAUCGAAAAGGACGCUCUCAAAUAUGAAGGCAUUCUCAAAGGCUCUCCGCCCUUGAAGAAAGUGGUCACAGUCACCACGUCAAAGAAUAACACAAGAACAAUAGCUAUGGGAUUGUGUACCAUGAGAGCUGAUGAAACCCCUGUCAGCGUGAAAACGAAACUAGCAUUACCAAAAUCUAAGUCUGUUAAGUUCUCAAAUCAUGUUCAGUACAAAGAGAUUGAAUCGAUGCAGAGUUCAACUGUCAAAACACAGGCGAAAGUCGUUCAGAAAUCAAUUCCGCGGCCCGUUCAGAAAUUCUCUCCCGUCUUCAAUAAGCCGGAAAGGAGGUUAACUAUGCCUGAAGGUGUUAACAAUGUCAGAGCGAGAUUAGGUACAAAGAGUAAUGCUACUAAUUUAACUAUAACUAAAAAUGUGUUCAAUAGACUAGGUGUUUGA